UUGCGUACUGCGACAACAGUGACCCAUUUGAAUCCCAGGAACUGGAUUUACUUAAGGCGAGAGUGUAAUCAUAUCAAUACUCAAUCUCCUCUAAUUUGGCUCAAAUGGCGGUCCUAGGAAAGGAUGACGGGAAUGGAUCAUUGCGUAUUUGGAAACACAAACAGGCGUCCUAUAUCACUGUAUCAAUUACACGGGAUGAAACCAUAAUUACAAUAUAUCUGUUUUAUUCCUUUGUCAAUAUGGACGUAUUUAUAAAACUGAAAAUAGGCGAAGAAAAAGUUUCUGUUUAGAAAAAAGGUUAAUCACUUCCUAAAGUGAACACACAUUUUCCCUUCAGGCCAGCAGUCUCAUAAGAAGUACCCCGACGUGGAAGGAAAAUAUUAAUAUGGGAAAUUCGCAUUGAAUAAUAGUAUGUUUGCUACUGACGUAGUGUUUCUAAUGACACCAACUGACCUUGGAUGUCAGGUAAACAAAUGCCGAAAGGCACGCUUGAAUGUUGCCGAACACCUGCUAAUUCGCUCUGAAUAAGCGCGCUGUCUCUCCAACUGGAUGAACGCAUGUUUUCGGUGAUGCCGAAUUUAUUCGUCUCUGCAAUUUUUCCGUGUCUCAUGGGCUAACUGUCGGAUAUACUGCGAUACACGAAAAUAAACUGCAGGUUUUUAACAGAGGCAAAAUAUACGCUCUUGUCUCCACCGUGCCAUGAAUUUUCAAGUAAUGCGAUGAUGUGGAAAAACAUGUUAUUUUUGGGGUGAUCGCCUCCAACUGAGUUACGACGGACAGGAGCUCACUCGUCUGGCGACAAGAAGCAAGAUAAGUGCUACUGGACCUUCAGCUGAGACAGGCUUUUUCCCCCCUUUCAAAAGAGAUUGCGGGAAAUGCAGGCGUUCCAUUUGCAAGGGUCUGUUGAUUCAUUCGCAAGUGUAAUCUUUCUUCGGGACAAGACGUUUGAAAAGGGGAAAUGUGAAGAGGCUUAAAGUAUGGCAUGCAAAGAUGGUUUCUGUCAAGAAGGAGAUGGUGAUUGCGAUGUUCCCCCGUUAUAUUUACUCUGUCUUCUACUUUCUCUGCGUGGUCGCCUGUAUAAGUAGCAUAUCUGGGGAGAUAAAAAAGGAUGAAAAAUUAUACCCCGAAAAUUUCACACGCAUACUGGACCGACUCCUGGAUGGUUAUGACAACAGGCUACGACCAGGAUUUGGUGGCCCAGUGACAGAAGUAAAAACGGAUAUAUACGUCACAAGCUUUGGGCCUGUUUCCGAUGUCGAAAUGGAGUACACAAUGGACGUCUUCUUCCGCCAGACAUGGGUAGACAGGAGACUCCGUUAUGAGGGCCCCGUCGAGAUCCUGCGACUCAACAACCUGAUGGUCACCAAGGUGUGGACCCCCGACACCUUCUUCAGGAAUGGGAAGAAGUCGGUGGCCCACAACAUGACCGCUCCCAAUAAGCUUUUCCGCAUUAUGAAGAAUGGCACAAUCCUGUACACUAUGAGGCUAACCAUAAGUGCGGAGUGUCCAAUGAGACUGGUGGACUUUCCCAUGGACGGGCAUGCUUGCCCUCUCAAGUUUGGAAGCUAUGCGUACCCCAAAACAGAGAUGAUCUACACUUGGACCAAAGGACCCCAACAUUCAGUGGAAGUACCCCCAGAGUCAUCCAGUCUUGUGCAGUAUGAUCUGAUUGGCCAGACUGUCUCCAGCGAAACUGUAAAAUCUAUCACAGGUGAAUAUGUGGUGAUGACUGUAUACUUCCACUUGAAACGGAAAAUGGGCUACUUCAUGAUUCAGACAUACAUCCCCUGUAUCAUGACAGUAAUCCUCUCUCAAGUGUCCUUCUGGAUAAAUAAAGAGUCUGUGCCUGCCAGAACCGUAUUUGGGAUCACGACCGUGCUGACGAUGACCACCCUGAGCAUCAGCGCCCGCCACUCGCUGCCCAAAGUCUCCUAUGCCACCGCCAUGGACUGGUUCAUCGCCGUCUGCUUCGCCUUCGUUUUCUCCGCCCUCAUCGAGUUCGCCGCCGUCAACUACUUCACCAAUGCGCAGGUGGAGAGGGCCAAGAGGAAGCAGGCCAAAUGCCCCCCAGCCCCCAAGGCUACGCCGGUGAAGCAGGCCAGCGACGGCGAAGAGGUGUUGCAGCAGAAUCCAGACACUAACGGCAACCUGCGGAAACGGAUGAACCUGAUGACACAGGCAGACUCAAACAGCACCCCGAGAACUGGUCCGGGAGGCAGCAGAGCAACGGUGGUUGCCAGGCAAACUCCUGCCGGCUCCGCCCCUUCGGCAACGGCAGCGACGACGGUGCCCGCCUCCGCCCAGCCCCACUCCAGCCCCAACCCUUUCAGCCACUCGAGCAUAGCCCCACCCACGCUGGCUUCCAGGAACACGCCCCCGGCCCCGCCCUCGACCCCGACAGUCACAGGGUGUGAGCGCGUGCCGUCAAACAUGUACGUGGGCUCAGCCUCUCUGCAGCGUCUCUUAGGGGCGAAGCUGGAGCACAUUCAGGCCGCUAAAGGAGACACGGGUGCCCAACCCGCCCCAGGAGCUUCGUCGGGACCCAACGGCACCAGUAAAAUUGACAAGUAUGCACGCAUACUCUUCCCAGUGUCCUUUGGAGCUUUCAACAUGGUAUACUGGGUGGUCUACCUGUCAAAAGACACCAUGGAGCCCAGAGAUGGCUAAUCCCAGUCUUUGUGUGUUUUGCUUUCUUUCUUCUCAAAAACGGAAGAUUUUCUUCUCAAGUUAUAUAAAAAAAACUUUAGGGGCUUAUAUAUUGUAGUUUAUAAGACAUGUUUGAAAUUUUCUUAACAUUGAAAAUGAAGAGUGUGUCAUCAAAUGGGUAAACACACAAAAAACAGUUACCUCAGUAGUUACGUCCGAGACAAGUAAUCCUGCUGCAUACAUGUAUGCAGUAUAUUGUUCAAAGAAGUUGAGCAUGUGAAGACAAAAAACACAUUCCAGAUACUUUGAAUUGUAUUAAUUACAAUACUACAGAUAUUUUCCAAUGGAAGUGUUCGGAUAAUGGUGGCAUAUGACAAAUCAUAAUCCAGCAAUACACUUUAUUUUUGAGAGGGUUAGAUUACAAGCAUGCAUUCUAAUGCAGCAGUUUAGUAGAACUUGGAAUUGGUUGAAAGCUGAAAUAUAACAUCUAUUUUGUUAUUUUCUUUUGCGCUAUGAAAAAGUAAAAAGUAAAAGUAAAAAACAUUACAAUUGAAAAUUGCAUCAUAUUUUUAAAGCUGUCAAUAUAUUUUGAUUGUAUUCAUAAUAAUUCAUAGUAAUUUCUUUUUUUUACCCUUUGGGUCAUGAAAUUAAAUCAAUUACCCUUCUGCAGUUUAACUCUAAUUUUCUCUUGUGCGUGAUACACCACUAUCUCAUGCCAAGUUUCAUAUCCCUUCUGUGAAUGAUAGCUCAUGUGCUGACCGACUGCCUGGUGCUUAAGUUUCGUGGGAGUAGUCUGAAGAUUAAGGUGUUAAAGCAGGACCUAUUACAUUAUUCCCAGGUCUGAGGUCAAUGCUUGCUUCAGCUGUGUCUUGUGAAUUGAGGCCCAGCGGUGAGAGUGGAAGCAUACAACAAAUUCAACAAAAAUACAAGCUUAUCAUCUCCUUGGGUUGACUGAAGAAGGGGAUAAUGACUGAAGAAGAGGUUAAUCCCUGGAGAAUGGUUCUGUAGAUGUGUUUCAUCUUUUGCUUCAUGUUAAAUUUUAUAUACAGCGCACAUAAUGAAGUCAUUUGAUGGCCAUUUUCAGUGUGGGGGAAAAAAAGAUUAUUAAAGACCUUUGCAGUGACUGGGGAAAACAUGAUUACUCCCAACCUGAUUCACACAUGAAAAGUUGGUUAUUAAAGAGCACCAAUUUCCUUUUUGA